AUGGUUGAUCCACUUGCUCCAGCCCCACCACCUGCAAACCAACUGACUAGAAAGAGAAAUAGAGUCACUUUAGUCUGUAAUGUUUGUAAGUUCAGAAAAGUCAAGUGUGAUAGGAAUCUGCCGUGUAACUCGUGUAUCAAGUAUAAUACGGCUGAUGUUUGUUCGUAUACGGAGCCUUACAAUGGAGAUCAUCCAACUGUUAACUCUAUAUCAACUCCGGGUUCUUUGUCGUCACCUGGUUUACCCUUCGAAUACCCAACACAUCAAGAAUAUACUACACCAUCAAAGAAUAGAAUUUUCUUAGUUGCAAAACUGUACUCUGAUAUUUACAUGAAUUUGAAGGAUGCACAAUCUUAUGUGGGUAUCAAUCCAAUAGGUUCUCCUGAUGAAACCAUAAAUUUCCAUAGAUAUAGUGCUAUUUCCGAAGGUCCUGAUCAAACUUUACAAAAUCUGGGACCAUUAACGUUUUGUGCCAUUAUGAGAUUAGAUCCAGCCUUAUUUGAUUUAUGGUCAUUCCUUUCGUUGCAAUCAAAAGAUUUCAAUGCCCAGACAGAAGCAUUGAUGUCAAGUCUACAAGAACAACUUUCUAAAUCAAAUGAUCCAACUGGGUUUUCCAAACAUUUCAAUUGGAGUAAUACUCCAUUCCAAGUUUUACAAAGAAUUAAUAUAAGUGCCAUUAAGAUGUUUGAUCCAGCUCAACAUAAAAUUAAUAAUUUUUCAGUUCCGUUAGGAUUAAAUUUCAUUUCUGAUGAAGAAAUUCGUAGUGGGAAGGAUUUUGAUUUAAAAUUGAAUAUUUUGAAAGUAUUACCCACUAAGAGAGUUAUUUGGAUUCAUGUUAAUAGAUUUUUUAAGUUUAUCUAUCCUUUUAUACCAUUAUUGGAUGAAGUAUCUUUUAAAGAACAAAUUGCAAAAUUAAUCGGUGAAGAAUCAUUCUCUGAUGACAAAGUGACGGAAAUAAAUAUUCAAGAGAAUUUGGAUUAUGCAUAUAUAGGUAUUUUAUUAGUUGUUUUAAGAAUGAGUUAUCUUGGGUUGAUUUCCAAUAAUAAAGAAGUUGACAAUUUCAAUUUGAAUUUCAUAUCGGGUAUGAAUCUACGUCCUCCUCAAAAUGAAACUCAUCAAUUAACUGAUAAUGAAAGGAAGAAUCUUAGAAUGCUAUUAGAGAACUCAAUAGGGAUUGAAGUUAUUGUAUUAGCCAGAAGUUGCUUAAAUCAAUUUCAAUUAUUUCAAAAGAUUAAUUUAACAAUUUUACAAUUAGCCUUAUUCAUGAGAAUGUAUAUCUUUAUUGCACCUGAAGAUUCAGAAGGACCUGAUCAAAAUCAAUUUCAAACAUUUACUGGUACUUUAAUUCUGAUGGCUUAUUCUAUUGGAUUACAUCGUGAUCCAAAAACAUUUACUGAUAUCGAAAUGGAACCCAAAUUAGCCAAUUUAAGAAGAAAAAUCUGGUUUCAGUUAAACUUUAUUGAUUUGUUUGAAUCAUUUUCUUAUGGUGUUCCAUUAACAACACAGAUUCCAUUUGCAGAUGCUAAAUUCCCAUGUGAUGAAAAGACCAAUAACAAUAUAACAUUUCUGAAUUUAGAAAAAUACACCAUUGAAUCCUGGAAAAUUUUGGAUCCAAUUUUGAUAAAAUUAAGAUUAAUUUUAAAUGAGAUUUUGAAUGUUAAUCGAGAAGUUUCAAUGCCCAAGCUUGUUGAACAAUUGAAUGACUUGGAAAUAUUUGUGGCAAAGUAUCUUGGCUCUAAUGUUGAAUCAUUCCUUUCGAGCACUAACAGAGACAGUAAUGAUACUGGGAUCGAUAAAUAUCUUCAACUUCAUAAUUAUAUUCAAAUUAAAUUCUUUUUUGUUUCAAUUUAUCAUCACUUUUAUAUUUAUUAUGAAAAGCUUGGUAAUACUGAUUUAACUAAUUUUUAUCUUAAAAAGAUAUUCUCGAUCCUUAUUGAAGAAUUUUUACCUCAAUAUGCUAGAAUCUUAGAUAUGCAACAUUAUUAUUUCAAUUAUGCAGCAAAUUUAUUUUUGAAUCCAAUUUUGGAAUCAGCCAUGCAUAGAGCAAGUGGAUUUAUGAUGAGUCUUAUAGUGAGAUUAAAUUAUUCAAUAAGAGUAUUAACUAAAGUUAAACAUGCUGAACAUGCCAUAAAAAUGGAAAAGGAUCGUGAUUAUAAAACAUAUUUUGAAAACUUGGAGGAAUUGCUAUACUUUUGUAACAAGUCUGUGAAGUUGAAUACUUUAUAUUUCGUGAGGUUAGGUAACAGAUAUUUACAUUCCUGGAGAGUUAGUAAAUGUCAUAUUUAUUUACUUAAAGCCAUCGAUAGUGAUGAGUUUUAUACUGCGUUUGAUGCUAAAGCAGAUGGUGAACCUGAAUCGGAAUCAAUCAGCGGUCUUGAAACUAAGCAACUAUUAUUUAAAUUCAAUUUGAAUCCUGGAUUGGUAGCAGAUUUAUCAACAGUGAUUUAUACAGCAUUAGCCAAACUUCGGUACCAUGGUGGUUCGAAAGUCCGUGAAGAAUGGACUGAAUUUUAUGGACCAGCCACUCAUAAGGAUAUGCAAACAAUUGCCAAAAUUGAAUCAAGAAUUGAUAAAGAUGGUAUUAAGAGAAGAAAGCUUACUGAUGAUGGUGAUUAUCAGGAAAAUUUUGAAAUACCAAAGUUUAAUGAUACAUUUUCAGUUGAUACACCUACUUCAAAUCUUGAUAAUGUGUUGGAAAGAUAUUAUGCUUUAGAUGAUCCACAUUUUGAAAUAUUUAAUAAGCUUCCUCUUAGUAAGCUUUUAGAUAGUUUUGAUGGAUCAAAAUAG